AAUUUACCAAGAGGGAAACCAUAAGUCUUUUUUAGUAACUCUACAGUCGCCAUUUUCCCCCGAGAUUCUGAUGAUGUACAGAUAAUUAAAGAAUCGAAAAUUCUAGAUAGACUUGACGAAAGUAAAAGAAAAGAUUGUACGUAAGAGGAUACAAUUCUCGCUACAUCUCAUUCAACAAGUUUGUAUGGCUACUUCUUCUGAACAGAAUAACAACAAUACCAGUUCUUAUGCUCUAUGGCAGACGAUGGUGGACAAAGAUUUUGGUCUUAAUGCCCUCCAUUUAGCCUCUGGCCAAGGGCAUGAACAGAGUGUGCGCAAGUUGAUAGAAUGGGGAAAUUCAGUCAACGAGCCCACCAACGAGGGAAGAACAGCUUUGUGCAUUUCAUCACACGCAGGCUUUCACGGUGUCGUCCUCAUUCUGUUAAAGAGUAAAGCUAAUGCCAACCAAGGCUGCAACAACGGCUGGACGUCACUCAUGAGCUCCUCCCUCCAGGGUCACCUUGACGUCACAAAGCUGCUCUUACAAUAUGACGUCAACGUGAACGCCAGCACGUGCUGUGGAUACACUGCCUUGAUGAUCGCCUCAGAAAACUGUCGUCUGGAGAUAAUGGAUCUCUUGCAUGAACGUGGGGCACAUACAGGAACAAAAACUAAAAGUCCAUUGGGCCAAAUGCAGAGCAAGGAAAUCGUUAAAACCAAUCAUGGUUCAAACAUACUCCCUAGAUUCAACUUAGAGAAUGACUUGAAUUAUUGCGUUAUGAAUGUCAACAUUGAUAAAGUCAAAAAUCUCCAAAUUAAUUGAUUGAAAACUAUAGCUAUUGGACUUCUCCAGUGCGACUUGAAAGACUUCUCCAGUGCUACUUGAAAUAUUUCUCCUGUUCUACCCGGAAGAACCUCUCCAGUGCUACUUGAAAGACUUUUCCAGUGCUACCCGGAAGAACCUCUCCAGUGCUACUUGAAAGACUUUUCCAGUGCUACCCGGAAGAACCUCUCCAGUGCUACUUGAAAGACUUUUCCAGUGCUACCCGGAAGAACCUCUCCAGUGCUACUUGACUUCUCCAGUGCUACUCGAGGGACUUGUACUGUGCCACAUGUGCACCACCUUUACAGUUAGCUAAGGUUCUCGAGUGGUGGAGAUAACUCCUCCGAUAGAUUGGACAUCCUUUUUAUGCAGUCUGACAAAGAAUUUCUGUACAAAGUCACUUGUAGUGGAUCAAAUAUCUGAUUACUUCCGAGGAUAAAAUAGUUCAGGCUAGGCGAAAGUUCAUCUAAAGAACAGCACAUCCGAAUGUUGACACAACCGUAACAUUUCUGUUUGAUUUAUUUCCCUUUGUUUUUUUUUAUGAAUGUAACUUAAUCUAAUGUAAAGAUAAAUAAGUUUCAAAUAAUCUAGACAUUUUAAGUAGUAGAUUUGAUGGCCCUUCGAAACAAAUAUAUGAUUUAGAUGUUUAAUGAGUCUAAGGGAGUGAACUCAACAUGGACAGGCGUUUAUUGAAUCACAAACAUAAUAACGAGGUCUGCCUUAAGCACAACGGCACUUCGUUACUUCUGUCCAAUGUUCUAACAUUCCUUCCAAGUCGAGUGUCUAGCAGUGCGCAGCUUACGGCGAACCUUCUGCACUAGCAUAGAUAUCGUUAUAUCACAUGUUGUUGCUACAUAUCAUUUUGUUACGACAUUUGUAUAGGGCAUUUUCAUUGUUAUAUGACAUUUUUGUUGUUAUAUGACAUUUUGUUGUUUUAUGACAUUUUGGUCUAUCACAUUUGUUCGACUUGGCAUUUGGUUGUUAGGUCACAUAUUGUUAUAUCGCCUUUUGUUGCUAUGCUUUGAAAAAAUGUAUAAAAUUUUGUGUCGAUGUAAGUUUAUAAAAAAAUAAAAUACAAAAAGUU